GUUUUAUGCAGUCACAAACAGAACCAGGCAUUGCUACUUAAAAAUUCCGUGGCAGGAGAUAAUGGAGGACGCUGCGAAUUUUCCCAACUCCGGCAAUUUAUCUCGUAAAGUAGUCGCCGUAGCCGCCGGCGAAGCACAUACUCUGGCUCUAACCGGGGAACUUUUAUGUUUCUGAUUGUAGGCGAUGGGUGUGUAUAUUCUUGGGGAAGAGGAAUAUUGGGGCGGCUUGGGCGAGGCUCAGAAGAGGACGAACUUUUCCCUGUGCAGGUCAAGUUUGAGAACCCCAAUACAUCAGGAGACACUAAUAAAAUUGUCGGAAUUGCUGCCGGGGCCUAUCAUAGUCUUGCUCUCGCAGAUGAUGGAUCAGUCUGGUGCUGGGGUUACAAUAUCUGUAUCCUUAACAUGGUUGUAGUGCCUUGUGAAACAGUGAAGGUCCGAUUCAAAAAAUUACUAGUUUCUACUUCCAUUGUUCUGUAUGUUUGUUGGUUUGUAUUAUUCAACUAUUUCCUUGACUAUUGUAUGGAUGGUCAACUUGGUAUUAAUGAAGAGGACUCCCCUGCCUCUAGUGGAGAUAAGUCUCUAGUGCCCUGCCUAUUGAACAAGUUUCUUGAGUUGCAACCUCCCAACUCUUCAACAGACACGCCAGAAGAAGAAAGUAAGGCAUCCCUAAAGAUAUGUUCUGUCAAAGCAGGAGGAAUGAUGUCUCUGGCUAUUGAUAACCUUGGGGCCCUAUGGAUGUGGGGAAACUGUCCACAGAAAAGCAAAGAAGGAGGUUUCUCUCUUGUGAGCAGUUUCAUUCCCACACCAGUAUGGGAUUUUCACGGUCAUACUGUUGUCAAGGUUGCGUGUGGAAAUGAGCAUGUUGUGGCACUGGUUACUGCAGGAGAGUCAUAUGUAGGUGAUGACCUCGUGUGCUACUCUUGGGGUAAUAACAACCAUGGUCAAUUAGGCUUGGGGGAUAGGGAGAGCAGAUCAAAUCCAGAAGUCAUAAAAGCAUUUGACCAGGAGUCCCCAUGGGCAAUUUAUGAGGUAGCUUGUGGUGCCUUUCACACUGCUUUGCUCACUCGCAAAAAGAGUCCCAAUGACACAUCAGCAAGCAUGUGCUGGACGUUUGGCCUUGGGGAUAAUGGGCAACUUGGGCAUGGAACCACACAAAGCGAAUUGCUUCCUAGGCCUGUUAAAGAAUUGCCACAAAAUGCACAUCUAAUUUCAGUUGACUGUGGCUUGUUUCAUACUAGUGUUGUUUCAUCAGCCGGAGAUGUCUGGUCAUGGGGAAUGGAGAAGGGCCUUGGUCUGUGCCCCGAUGCUAGUUUUACUGGAACUGAUUCCGGGGACGCGCUCUCUCCCCUUGUUAUCUCGUGCACGCCAUAUCAGCCUAGGUUUCCAGAGCCAGUCCAAGUUGCUUGUGGAGCUGCGCAUACUGUUAUUGUUGCACAGGAGGGAUAUAAGAUUUGGUCUUGGGGGAGGGGAAGGAGUGGGGUUCUGGGAAAUGGCAAGGCAGUGGAUUUUUACACUCCCACACUGGUGUUAUGGCCUCCGCUGAUAGAGGAUUUCAGGCAAGAGGAGCUGAAGAGUACUGGAGAGCAAGAAAAGAUGACAGAAAAAGAGACUGAAGCAGUGACUGAAAUAGAUGAGAAAUUAGCCUCAGCAUUGAAUGAACUGAAGCUGCUUCAGACGAGGCUUUCUGUGAUGGAAAGAUAUGCCAGUAUACUUCAUGGUUCAAUAUUUGGAAAACCUUUCGAUGAGCAAGAUAUCCCGUUGUCGUUAAGGAACUCAGGUGCCUUUGACAUUGCUAAGGAAUGGGAGAACAUGUUAGAGGAAGCAGAUCAUGGCAAGCUAACUAGGUUGGAAAUGUUCUACAGAAACAUGCUUGCUGGUGUGAAAGAUAAACUAACGAAGAGAAGGAUCAGGGAGAUUAUAAAGGAAUGCCUCCACUCUUCAGAUUUUGCAAAAUGAAUAGAACACUGAACACGUUGUAAACAAGAGAUCGCACAUUACAACGUAAUGAACAUCAUGCACCCAUAUGUUUCUCAUGCUUUUUCAGAAUAUACUCUGGAAGAACAGGCCUUAAGCUUCGAUGCCUUCCAAUUUUAA